AUAGACGUGACAGGCAGUCGUACAAAGACAAUAGCUGGCAAGAGCGCAAGGGUAAAUCUGACAACUUUGACAAACAAGACCACGACAAAUCACGUGAUGAUCGAAACCGCAAGGAUGACCGACGGGACACGUCCAAGGACGGAGUCCACUGGGCCGGGGAACCCGAAGAGAUACCAUCUGGUGGCUCGCCGUCGGAAUCGACCUCGGAGUCCGAAGGUUCGACAUACGAUUCAUACUACAUCCUGGACAAGAACCUGACUUGCAACCGAUGUAUGGUGGCAUUCCGAUCCACUGAACAGCUUCAAAAGCAUCGCACUACUUGUAAGGCAACGAAACAAGUUAAGCGAGAAAGACUGUACCCGAUAUGCUCUCCAAACACCCCAGACCGACGAACAUGCGGAUUCUGUCACUUUACGUGCGAAUCACGAAACAAGCUGUUCCAACACCUUGGAAAUUGCAAAGACGCCAAAGUUGGCAACAUCAAGCCCAAAGAGUUGGAACAGAACACGGUAAAGGAUCCAGAAAGCCAGCCUAGGAUCAAGGAGGCGCCAGCCGUCGACUUCCAGGACAGAUCAGUCAUGAGCAGAUACACCUACCUUAGAUUAGAAGCCAGUGCUUCACCAACAGCCGACAAGGUAGAAGUAUGCCUUGAUCCCGGCACAGGCAGAACAAUUAUCGGGCGCUCCUACCUCAAGACACUGAAGCAUACUAUUGAAAACCGAAGAGGUAUGGUCAAAGGCAUUGGCAAGAAAAGCAUGAAGGUAACCGAAUGGGCAACCUUUACAUUCUAUCUGCACGGUACAGACGGAUCGGGACCCACGGUUAUGAAGUUCACCAAAUCAGGAUGGGUCGUUGAGGACGACCUCGAACCCAACAUGCUUGUCGGCAAUGAUAUGCUUCAUCCACACGGAGCUAACAUCUGUUACGAAGAUUCUACCGUUACAUUUACCAACCUGUCCAACUUCACCGUCGAUUUGUAAGUCAAAGUCAACAGCAAUGCGUGCAUACGUAAGGUUACGACUAUUAAGGAGAUCAAUCUACUCCCUAGCCAACAAUCUCACAUUCAGGUCAAGUACAAGGCGCUUCCAGCAGACAGACCGUUUAGCUUUAAUGCUGAGCAUAAGGCGGCGUUUCACGCCGUUCUCGACUCUAAGACACCGCAAGUGUUGAUUGUCAGAAACACCACUGACAGCAUGCUGAAAAUCCGUCUACGCUUUUGAAGGGGUUCGGAGAUUUGAGCGUAAUAGGGGAUGAGAUGUCGUAAGAAUCCGGUAGCACCGAUGUACUGUUCUAGUGCCUUAAGCUGUGCGGGAAAUGCAAUCUGUUUCAAAGCUGCGAUACGUUCAGGUGUUGUAGACAUUCCCAGGGCGUCGACGAGAAAUCCAAGUAAUUCGAC